AAAUGCACAGCGCUGCGUUUCCAACCGGAUGAUUUUAGCAGGAGUACCAGGUCAGAGCAAACGCUACAGCACGAAGCGCUCACAGAUAGUUGCUCUCUACACAAGCAGCUCUCUUAGCUGGUUAACAUCAAUUGUAUGUGUGUUCAGCAUGUUUAUCCGGACAUGUAGCGGAAUAUCUUCUGCAAAAUAAUUUAGCAAAAACGUUUGCUAACCUUGCUUCGCGUUAGUUGUUCAUGUAAAGUGUCCUGUGUGCACACUGUGCAGCGUCCCACUGUUUUGAAGGACGUAUAGCCAUAGACUGUUUCUAUUUUGUACAUCAGCUGAUUUAAAAUGUCGGUAACUUUAAUUUGUAAAGCUUUGUGUGUUAGUGGACUAAUUAGCCUGCAGUCCAGGUGAUAAAACACAAACAGCAGCGAAGAGGAAUUAUUUUCUUUACGUCAUGAGGGAGUGUUUGAGGAAGAUACACAGCGUCUUUAUAAAGAUCGCCCUGUUUCCGAGCACAUUUGGCAGGACAGGCCCGCGGCCAGCUGCCUCGGAGGUGUUGACCUGCCACCUGCUGCAGCGUAAACUCCCGCCGUGGACUUCAUACUGUGUCCACUACAGCUCCGUUCACAAUGACCAGUUCGGACUGUCCAACUUUAACUUUAGAGUCCAGGGGUCCAACUACCAGAUCCUGAGAACAGGCUGCUUCCCGUUUAUAAAAUAUCACUGUAGCAAAGCGCCUCCACAGAACCUGGACUUUGAAGACACAUUUUUCACCAUGUUGAAAAUUCUUAAUCUAGGCAUCCCAUGUUUGGCCUAUGGCAUUGGUUGCUGGAUGGUGGUGGGAGCUAAAGAAACAGUGCAGACAAGUGUUGGACCUGUCACAGUCUAUUUCGCCUACAAAGAAGAAGAAGGUGCACAGUAUUAGACCAUGAACAAAACACUCAUUUGAGUGUGUUUUCAAGAGACUCUUGUCUGCCAAGCUGCUGUAUUUACAACAGUUCCCCCGGCGAUGUUCUGGUGGACCUAUAUUGACAAAAAAGCCGUCUUGUGUCACUAGUGCUCCUAUUGUCUGACUGCACAGGUUCAUUUGUGUUUAAUUAUUUAAGAUUUAAAAGUUGCAGUGGAGUCAGUUAUGCAUGUUAUUACACUGACAUAUGAUACUGACAGCGUUUGUUCGGAAAGCUAACUUUCCAUUAAAGUUUAAUGGAAAGUUUAGGAUUUCUCAAAGAAUAGACCUUUCCCUGGAUGUUUUCACAGCGAUGUUGUGAACGUUGUAUCAGCCUCCAAUGUGUAUGUCUUCAGAGUCAAUACAUUGUGUAAGUAUGUUUUUGUAACUAACAAUAAAGAUAAAAUAAAAAAUAAC